CGCAGCCGCAAGGGCCCCAGCUCGGCCUCCGGAUCCCAGUCCUUUGGCGGCGCCGCUGGCGUCCCUGUGGCAAGACUCCGCAGUUUCGGGCAUCGUUGGCUUCUUGGUCCUAGCAAGUUUCGAUUUCGCGGUGACUGGGAUUUCUACCCGCUGUUGAAGUCGGGAAAUAACCAUAAUGUGAUUUCUCAGCCCCAGCAACUCCCAACUUAAGGCAAACACCGGUCUAGCCCUGGCUGCGAUUUCUAGCUGUUUCAACACAGAAAGGCAGAGUUAGCCUGUGGCUCAUUUUUCAGCAACUCCAGGUUUCCCGUAGCCUCAGUUUCUCAUUGUAACAAACCUGGGGUUAGCCCUGCCUCAAGUUUCUUCGUCCCGGCCAAGUUCCGGUUUGCUACCAGUAAGCCCUGCUUUCGCUGGUACCCAGAUUUCUACAGCUUUUGCCGCCAGCGCCCACUUGGCGUUUUCUCAGUUGCUGCACCGUUCUUAGCGCCCAACGUAAAGAUUCUCGUUCCUGUGGCCUGUAAGUUAUCUGUGCUGUCACUUUCUCGGUCCUAGUACCGCUAAAUCUCGUAGGAACUUCCUGAAACAGGUUUUAUGGUGCAGAACGGUGACUGUACCCAGCUGCCAUAUGCCCUAGUACUUCCGUAAUACCGUUAGCCGGCGCUUUUCAGUCACCACACAUUCAAACAGGUUAAAACACAUUAAACGGAUUAAACAGAUCAAAACACAUUAAAAUGUCACAACACAUUUAAACAGACUCGGUUCAUUCCGCCAAACAGGACGUUUAGGCGUGGAAGCUCCGCUCCUUUCUAAGAGCACGCUGUUUCUCUCCAACAACACGGUUAAAGGCGCCUGAACGAAUAUUUGUUUGGCAAUACCCCGGCUAUCCACUAGGUGCCAGCGUUUGCUAAGUUCCAAGAGCCAGUGUUUAGCAAGGUCGUUAGUCGACACAGCCCUAGCGAAGGGUUUUCCGAUGGCAGCAAUGCUCAUUUCCUGGAAACAGAUGGUUCUUGGCACCUGAAGCGCUCUUUAACCCUUGCGGUCUGUAGCGCUAGUUCUCUGCAAGGUUAGCUUAGUGUUCGUUUCAUUUCGAGUUAUUUUCUCGCUAUGUUUUUUUGCCCGAAUUACGGUUUGUUUUGGUUCUAUGUACUCUCUAAAAAAGUAAUCAUUUUUCGUUUGUCUAAUUUUCAUGCCGUUGUUACUAGUGAGUUUCAUAAUAAGUGGCUUGCUUCCCAAGAGCUCCGGAGAGCAUAAAUACUCAGGCUGAGGGUAGUGCUGAAGCGCAAACACUUGUGUCCUUCUAGCCUGAGGCUUAAGUGACGGAGUAACAUUUUCUUGGUCCUGUGAAGCAGGCUUGGGAUGCGAAGAGGUGGCGCCAGAGUCCCAGAGGAUUGUGGGCCUCACCCUUUAUAUCCAGUACUAGGAGAGUACUCAUUGGACGACAGGUGUUAUUUGGAACUGCUUUCCUUCCCUUGUGGGUGGCUUCAAUUCAAUACUUUAUCAGAAAAAUUGAAACUUUAGGCCAAAAUACUUUCCCAAGAUGACAAGAUUUAAGUCAAUCUUUAACAAGUAAGCUGACUUUAAAAUUAUUGGUAAAAUAAAAUUAGAAAUGGCUUCAGAAUUGUCAACAUACAUUAUUGUUUAGACUUGUUGGUCCAUAGUUUUAAAUUUAUUUCUGCUAGAUAAUAUAAAGCAUGAAAAUUUUGCAUGAAGGUUAUUAAGCUAUAAAUGCAGCCCAAAACAAAAUUAUCUUUGUGUGUGUAAUUUUGGUAAAUAAGGCAUUUAAUAGCAUUGGUUUAAUGAAAACAGCUAAAUCCUGGGUUACUGGCAGAAAAGAAAAACCCAUUUAUUUAACCUUAAGGUUCUUACUUAGGUAAACACCUGAUAUUCACAGGCUAUCAUAAUGGUUCACAGGGACAUAACUGUAACUGGCCCAGGUGUUCGUUUUGCCUACUGCCCAGAUAGAGCUGAUUUAUCUAGACAGGGGAGUUGUAAUAAAGAGUUUAAUACAUGUAGAGUCACCUAAAUUGAAGACCUGAAUUUUAUUAUUACUCAAAUCAGCUUCCCAGGAAAUUCAGAGGCUAGGGAUUUUCAAGGAUAGUUUGGCAGAAGGGGGCUAGAAAAUGGGUGCUGCUUCUUUGUUAGUGGGCAGUCAUGGGUGUGGAAAACAGUCCUCCAGCACUCAGUUCAUUUCUUGAGUGGGGGCCACAUAGGAGUGGCUGAUGCCAUUCGGGACACCUGAUCAUCAGAAAUGCAAAGGUCUGAAAAGUCAUCUUGAAAAGCCAAAUUUAGGUUCCAGUAAUUACGGAACUUGCAAAUCUUGUGACCUCUGGAAUAAUGGCUGGUAAUCAUUUAACUAUGCCUACAUCUUACCAGAAUUCAGGUCUAUCUCAUCCUCCUAACCUGGUGCGCUUUCAAUAGUUUUAUAAGGAUGGUUUGGUUUGGGGAAGGGAUAUUAUCAUAUAAAGUUAAACUAAAUUUCUCCCAGAGUUAGGUUGGCCUAUGCUCAGAAGUGAUCAAGGGCAGUUUGGAGGUUAAAGGUAAGAUGGAAUUCGUUAGGUGAGAUCUCAUUCACUGUCAUAAUUUUCUCACUGUUAUAAUUUUAGAAAGGUGGUUUCAUGGCUUUAAAUGAUGGCUAGGUUUUUCUAGUAUCACAGUUUUCAUAAGUAAUCUAGGUAAACUAUUUUUAAAAUUAAAUUAAUUAGGUAAAUAAUGAAAUAAAUGCUGAUAAGUAAACUUAUAUUACUUCAAAUCUUCAAAUUAGGGCUGGGCACGGUGGCUCAGGCCUGUAAUCUCAACACUUUGGAAGGCCAAAGUGGGUGGAUCAUUUGAGGUCAGGAUUUGGAGACCAGCCUGGCCAACAAGACGAAAUGCCAUCUCUACUAAAAAUGCAAAAAGUAGCUGAGCUACUUUUUGCAGGGUUGUGUGUGCCUGCAAUCCUAGCUACUCAGGAGCCUAAGGCAAGAGAAUAGCUUGAACUCAGAAUGCAGGUGUUGCAGUGAGCCUAGGAAGUGCCACUGUCCUUCAGCCUGGGUGACAGACAAAGACUGUCUCCAAAAAAAAAAAUCGUAAAGGUAAUUUAAAUUAAACAAUGGAUAGUUAUUAAAUGUCUGGAUCAUUUUCAAUUAAAAAAAAAAUAUUGUAGGAGGGGUACUUCAGCAGAUGGCCAAAUAGAGACAACUCCAGUGCACAAAACCCAGCAAGAGAGACACAGAAAUCAAAAGAUCUCCUAGCUCCAACCAAGGCAGCAGGUUCAUUUCAACUGGUCUGAUCGGCCAGUGAGCAAAGCCUAGGCAAGGCAGACCGAGGUGGGAAGCGGUGCUACUUCAUCCAGAAAGUGCUCGCCUCCCUCACCCUGGUCCAGAUACGGGGCUUCCCCCAAAGCCUCAGCAAUCCACAGAAUAAGGGAUCUUUGCCAGUCAAACACCGGGAAUUACAAGUACAGAGUUGAAAAACAAUCUAUGACAGUGCCCCGAUUGUCGCACAGACCUAAGCAAACGUAUAAGCCUGUAAGCCUGCUGGUGAGCCUUCAGACUGAGCUAUCACCCCCUCCCCCUACCUGGAGAGAGAGGAAGCUGAAAGCGGGAAGACACCCGGUGUGGUUGGGUGGGUCCCUGGGUCCCUCCCCUCCCCCAUAAAUCCCAACAGGCUGAAGCACUAACUCUAAUGGGUUCCACAGCCAGUAACUCAGUCUGAGCUGAACCCUGAAUGAUCCAGUUUCGUGGAGGAAAGCAGCAACCCGCCAUUAAAGAGGCAGGACUAGGCUUAAUGUUUUAACAAAAAACACUAGAAGCCUCCAUAGCAACAGGAUGGUGUCCUUGACAACCCAGCAGCGCCUCAAGGUCAGCGGAAGGAGGGGUGCCGACCGUUAAAGAGGUGGGCCUAACCUCCCAGUGUAAACAAAAAAGACACAGGAAGCCUACCUAGUACCUGAAGGAGUCCCUGGAAACCCGGUAGGCUUUGACAGGCAGACAAGUGACCUCAUCAAGCAGCUCCCUGAGAUCUUUGAGCUAGAUAAAUCCAUGAAGAUGGGGGGAAAAAAACAGUGCAAAAAAGAUGAAACAAUCAAAGACCAGAACUCCUCUUGUCCUUAAGGGAUCACAACUCCUCAACAACACAGGAACACAACACAACUGAGAAAGAGUUAGACGAAUUGACAGAAACAGGCUUCAGAAGGUGGGUAAUAAUAAACUUUCUGAGCUAAAGGAACACGUUCUAACCCAAUGCAAAGAAACUAAAAAUCUUGAAAAAAAGGUUAGACAAAAUGCUAACUAGAAUAACCAGCUUAGUGAAGAACAUAAACAACUUGAUGGAGCUGAAAAACACAGCACAAAAACUAUGCAAAGCAAACACAAGUUUUAAUAGCCAAAUCAAUCAAGCAGAAGAAAGGAUAUCAGAGAUUGAAGACCAACUCAAUGAACUAAACAGAGAAGGUAAGACAAGAGAAAAAAGUGAAAAGAAAUGAACAAAUCCUCCAAGAAAUAUGGGAUUACAUGAAAAGACCUAAUCUAUGCUUGAUCAAUGUACCUGAAUAUGAUGAGAAGAAUGAAUCCAAGCUGGAAAACACUCUCCAGGAUAUCCAGGAGAACUUCCCCAGCCUAGCAAGGGAGUCCAACAUUCAAAUCCAAGAAAUACAGAGAACUCCACAAAGAUAUUCCUCAAGAAGAGCAACCCCAAGGCACAUAAUUGUCAGAUUCACCAGGGUUGAAAUGAAGGAAAAAACGCUAAGGGCAGCCAGAGAGAAAGGACGGGUUACCCACAAAGGGAAGCCAAUCAGACUCACAGUGGAUCUCUCUGCAGAAACCCUCUAAGCCAGAAGAGAGUGGGGGCCAAUAUUCAACAUCCAUAAAGAAACAAACUUUCAACCCAGAAUCUCAUAUCCAGCCAAAUUAAGCUUCAUAAGUGAAGGAGAAAUAAAAUCAUUUACAGACAAGCAAUUAUUGAGAGAUUUCUUCACCACGAGACCUGCCUUACAAGAGCUCCUGUAAGAAACACUAAACAUGGAAAGGAACAAGUACCAGCCACUACAAAAGCAUACCAAAUGGCAAAGACCAAUAACACAAUGAAGAAACUAAGUCAACUAAUGGGCAAGAAAACCAGCCAGUAACAAAAUGGCAGGAUCAGAUUCACACAUAACAAUAGUAACAUUGAAUGUAAAUGGCCUAAACACCCAGAUCAAAAGACAUAGACAGGCAAACUGGAUAAAAAGUCAAAACCCAUCAGUGUGCUGUAUUCAGGAAACACAUCUCAUGUGCAAAGACACACAUAGACUUAAAAUAAAGGGAUGGAGGAAGAUUUACCAAGCAAAUAGAGAACAAAAAAAAGCAGGGGUUGCAAUUCUAGUCUCUGAUAAAACGGACUUUAAACCAACAAAGAUCAAAAGAGACAAAGAAGGGUUUUACAUAAUGGUAAAAUGAUCAAUCCAACAAGAAGACCUAACUAUCCUGAACAUAUACGCACCCGACACAGGAGCACUCAGAUACAUAAAGCAAGUUCUUAACAUCCUAAAAGGAAAUUUAGACUCCCACACAAUAAUACUGGGAGACUUUAACAAUAAACCUAGUUUAUUGAGAGUUCUUAGUAUGAAGGGCUGUAUAUUAUUUUAUGAUAUGUUCAAUGGAAUGUAUCAUAAAAUAAUAAAAGCUAUUUAUGACAAACCCUCAGCCAAUAUCAUACUGAAUGGGCAAAAGCUGGAAGCAUUACCUUUGAAAUCAGGCACUAGACAAGGAUGCCCUCUCUCACCACUCCUAUACAAUAUAGUACUGGAAGUUCUAGCCAAAGCAAUCAGGCAAGAAAAAGAAAGAUAUUCAAAUAGGAAAGGGGGAAGUCAAAUUGUCUCUAUUUGCAGAUGACAUGACUGUAUAUUUAGAAGACCCCAUCAUCUCAGCCCAAAAUCUCCUGAAACUGAUAAGCAACUUCAGCAAAGUCUCAGGAUACAAAAUCAAUGUGCAGAAUUCACAAGCAUUCCUAUACACCAAUAACAGACUAACAGAGACCAAAUCAAGAGCAAACUCCCAUUCACACUUGCUACAAGGAGAAUAAAAUACUAGGAAUACAACUAACAAAGGAUGUGAAGGACCUCUUCAAGGAGAAAUACAAACCACUGCUCAAGGAAAUAAGAGAGGACACAAACAGGUGGAAAAACAUUCCAUGUUCAUGGUUAGGAAGAAUCAAUAUUGUGAAAAUGCCCAUACUGCCCAAAGUAAUUUAUAGAUUCAACCAUAUACCCAUCAAGCUGCCAAUUACCUUCUUCACAGAACUAAGAAAAAAAAACACUUAAAUUUCAUAUAGAAUCACAAGAGAGCCAGCAUAGCCAAGACAAUCCUAAGCAAAAAGAACAAAGCCAGAGGCAUCAUGCUGCCAGACUUCAAACUAUGCCACAAGGCUACAGUAAUCAAAACAUCAUGGUACUGGUACCAAAACAGAGACAUAGACCAAUGGAACAGAAUAGAGGUUUUGGAAGCAUCACCACACUUCUACAACCAUCUAAUCUUUGACAAACCUGACAAAAACAAGCAAUGGGGAAAGGACUCCAUGUUCAAUAAAUGGUGUUGGGAAAACUGGCUAGCCAUGUGCAGAAAGCAGAAACUGGACCCCUUCCUGACACCUUACACUAAAAUUAACUCCAGAUGGAUUAAAGAUUUAAACUUAAGUCAGUAACGUGCUAUGGACUUAUUACCAAGCCACUUCCACUCUAGGCUAAGAAUUUCUGUAUUAAAAUGUUUAUUACUCUCCCUUCCUCCAUGACUAAGUCGGAAAAGGAAAAUCCUGGGACUCCUGCAAAGAUCUCAUGAGACCGGUGGAGUAAAGAAGGUGACAAAGAUAUAACAGCAGUGAGUACAUAAUCCUAGGGACGUUCAUCCCAUCAUGUUUGCAGUUUCCACUCAACGCUGCAUCUCUUCCGCCUGAGGCUUUUCAUCUUUUCUUGAAGGUAUGCUAGGCUGCUAUCACAUUCAUAACUGCGCCAAUUUCAUCUGCAUCUCGGCGGCUGCCUUCAGGCCCCAUUCCCCAGGGUUUAGGCUCCAGCAUCUCCCCUGUCCCGCUACGGUCCUACUUCUUUUCCGGGUCUUAUCUGGCAGGCACUUAAGGGAAGCAGGAAGGCGCCAGUAGCGGGAAGCGAACACAGCCCACUUACGUUGCUUAGCAACGGACUCAACUCUUCGGCCUCCGCUUCUUCAGGCUGCUGGGCAGAGACAUACCAGCCCUGCUCAGCGUUGAAGCUCUCCCAGGACGCCUCCAUGCUACUCUCCAGCUCACUACCAGGUCCAUCUGGGAGCCUCUACCCCAGCUCUGCUCUCCUGCCGUCAGUCGCGCCAGAGGCGGAGCUAUGAGCCCGGCCCUUCCGGCUUUCCGUACCCCACCAGGUCCGGGGAGGAAAGGACGCUCGCCCUCUCUGCGGCCAACAGUGAUGAUGUCAUCGAAGGCCCGCCAGUCCAGCCACGACCCACCUCCGAGCGGUACCGGAGGGGGAAGUGAGGGGUCGGCUCGCGGAUCCAGCUGUAGAGCCACGCGGGGAAUUGGAAUGGUGCUUUGGAUCUUAUGGAGGCCAUUUGGAUUCUCAAGAAGACUUCUGAAACCGGGAAGCCAUAGCAUAACUGAAUCAAAAUCAUUAAUUCCACUAGCUUGGACAUCCCUGACACAGACGCUUUCAGAAGCACCUGGUAUUCUCUUAUUGGGUCAAAGAAAAAUAUUCUCAACCAUGCCAGAAAUAGAAACACAUGAGAGAGACUCUGAAUUGUUUUCACCACCCUCUGAUGUCCGAGGCAUGACAAAACUUGAUAGAACAGCUUUUAAAAAGACAGUCAGCAUUCCAGUGCUUAAAGUGAGGAAAGAAGUAGUCAGUAAAUUGAUGCGAUCCCUUAAAAGGGCAGCAUUGCAGCGCCCAGGUGUAAAACGUGUAAUUGAAGAUCCAGAAGAUAAAGAAAGUAGACUAAUCAUGUUGGAUCCCUAUAAAAUGUUUACUCAUGAUUCCUUUGAGGAAGCAGAACUCAGUGUUUUAGAGCAGUUAAAUGUCAGUCCACAGAUCUCUGAAUAUAAUUUGGAACUAACAUACGAAAACUUUAAGUCAGAAGAGAUCUUGAGAGCUGUGCUUCCUGAAGGUCAAGAUGUAACUUCAGGGUUUAGCAGAGUUGGACAUAUUGCACACCUGAACCUUCGAGAUCAUCAGCUACCUUUCAAACAUUUAAUUGGCCAGGUUAUGAUUGACAAAAAUCCAGGAAUCACCUCAGCAGUAAAUAAAAUAAAUAAUAUUGACAAUAUGUACCGAAAUUUCCAAAUGGAAGUGCUAUCUGGAGAACAGAACAUGAUGACAAAGGUUCGAGAAAACAACUACACCUAUGAGUUUGAUUUUUCAAAAGUCUAUUGGAAUCCUCGUCUCUCUACAGAACACAGCCGUAUCACAGAACUUCUCAAGCCUGGGGAUGUCCUAUUUGAUGUUUUUGCUGGGGUUGGGCCCUUUGCCAUUCCAGUAGCAAAGAAAAACUGCACUGUAUUUGCCAAUGAUCUCAAUCCUGAAUCCCAUAAGUGGCUAUUGCACAAUUGUAAAUUAAAUAAAGUGGACCAAAAUGUGAAAGUCUUCAACUUGGAUGGGAAGGACUUCCUCCAAGGACCCAUCAAAGAAGAGUUAAUGCAGCUGCUGAGUCUGUCAAAAGAAAGAAAACCCUCUGUGCACAUUGUCAUGAAUUUGCCAGCAAAAGCUAUAGAGUUUCUUAGUGCUUUCAAAACACUUUUAGAUGAGCAGCCAUGCAGCAGUGAACUACUUCCCAUAGUGCACUGUUACAGCUUUUCCAAAGAUGCUAACCCUACUGAAGACGUUCGUCAAAGAGCUGGAGCUGUGUUAGGCAUUUCACUGGAGGCAUGCAGUUCAGUUCACCUGGUAAGAAAUGUGGCCCCAAACAAGGAAAUGCUGUGCAUCACCUUUCAGAUUCCUGCUGCUGUACUCUACAAGAACCAGACCAGAAAUCCAGAGAAUUGCGAAGAUCCGCCUCUUAAAAGGCAGAGGACAGCUGAAGCCUUUUCAGAUGAAAAAACACAAAUUGCUUCAAACACUUAAUUGGAAAUGUUUUCUCUAUCUCCCUGCUAGACUUAGUGUAGCAAAAUAUAAUUUGUAUUAUUAAAUAAAAUUUUAGUGUUCAGUUUUUACUAUUAAAAAAAAAAGAUUUAAACUUAAAACUCAACACCAUAAAAACUCUAGAAGACAAUCUAGGCAAAACCAUCCAGGACAUAGGAAUAGGCAAGGACAUCAUGACUAAAACACCAAAAGCAAUGGCAACAAAAGCCAAGAUAGACAAAUGGGAUCUAAUUAAUCUUCAGAGCUUCUGUACAGCAAACGAAACAAUCAUUAGAGUGAACCAGCAAUCAACAGAAUCGGAAAAAAUUUUUGCAAUCUACCCAUCUAACAAAAGGCUAAUAUCCAGAAUCUACAAAGAACUAAAACAGAUGUACAAGAAAAAAACAACAAACAAACCCAUUGAAAAGUGGGCAAAGGAUAUGAACAGAUUCUUCUCAAAAGAAGAAGACAUAUAUGAGGCCAACAAACAUAUGAAAAAAUGUUCAUCAUUACUGGUCAUUAGAGAAAUGCAAAUCAAAACCACAUUGAGGUAUCAUCUCACCCCAGUUAGAAUGGCAAUAAUUUUAAAAUGUGGAGACAACUGAUGCUGGAAACUAUGUGGAGAAAUAGGAACACUCUUACACUGUUGUGGGAGUGUAAAUUAGUUCAACCAUUGUGGAAGACAGUGUGGCAAUUCCUCAAGGAUCUAGAAAUAGAAAUUCUAUUUGACUCAGCAAUCCCAUUGCUGGGUAUAUAUCCAAAGGACUAUAAAUUAUUCUACUAUAAAAACACGUAUGUUCAUUGAGGCACUGUGUACAAUAGCAAAGACCUGGAAUCAAUGCAAAUGCCCAUCAAUGAUAGACGACAAAGGCAAUGUCGCAUAUAUACACCAUGUAAUACUAUGCAGCCAUAUAAAACGAUAUGUCUGUGUCCUUUGCAGAGACUUGGAUGAAUCUGGAAACCAUCAUUCUCAGCAAACUGACACAAUAACAUAAAACCAAAUACCACAUAUUCUCACUCACAGGCAGGUGUUGAACAAUGAGAAGACGUGGACUCAGGGAGAGGAGCAUCACACACUGGAGUCAGUUGUUGGGGGG